CUAUGCGUACAAUAACGAAGUGAGAUUCAAAUCUUCGUUACCAUUUUUACAACUUUGGCAGAGCUAAACAGAGCGUUAAGUGAUUUGACCGGAAAUGGCCUCCGCUUGUGCUUCUUCCGCCAUCGCCGCGGUGGCGAUUUCUUCUUCCAGUUCCCAGAAGAAUGGAUGCCCCAAGGUUUCUAAUUUCCUAACCGGCAAGAGGCUGAGGCUGAGAAAGUACACUGCUGCGGCUGUUGCUCCUCGAUCAGCUCCGGUGUGCGCCGCCGCCGACCCCGAUAGACCCCUCUGGUUCCCCGGCAGCACCCCUCCCCCAUGGCUCGACGGCAGCCUCCCCGGUGACUUUGGCUUUGACCCACUUGGUCUCUCUUCUGAUCCGGAGAGCCUGAGAUGGAACCAGCAAGCAGAGCUGGUGCACUGCCGGUGGGCAAUGUUGGGCGCCGCUGGGAUUUUCAUCCCGGAAUUCUUGACAAAGAUCGGAAUUCUUAACACCCCGUCGUGGUACACUGCCGGAGAAUUGGAAUACUUCACCGAUACGACCACUCUGUUCAUUGUGGAACUCAUUUUCAUCGGUUGGGCCGAGGGUAGACGAUGGGCCGACAUUCUGAAACCCGGUUGCGUCAAUACCGACCCAAUCUUCCCCAACAACAAGCUAACCGGAACCGACGUCGGGUACCCAGGUGGCCUGUGGUUCGACCCACUCGGUUGGGGUAGCGGGUCACCCGAAAAAAUCAAGGAAUUGAGAACGAAAGAGAUCAAGAACGGGCGACUGGCUAUGUUGGCGGUGAUGGGCGCGUGGUUCCAACACAUUUACACCGGCACCGGUCCCAUCGACAACCUUUUCGCUCACCUUGCCGAUCCCGGCCACGCCACUGUCUUCGCCGCUUUCACACCCAAGUGAGGAACGUGGAGAAAUUGGGAGUGAGAGAAAAUGUCUGUAUUAAAUCACAACUUGAAAUCCUUGUUGUUAUGUGGUGUGUGUCUAAUGGACAUUAUUAUCAAUUUAAUGUACAAAAUGAGAUUAAAAUUAAUUAAGGAA